GUAUUAAUAUUGAGGUAGACGUCUAUCACUUGUAGCUAUAUACUGAAAGAGACAGAGAGAGAGAGAGAGAGAGAGAGAGAGUAAAGGAACUAUCAAGCGGCAUAAAACACGUACGAGAAAAUGUCGUCUACUAAUUCCUCGACCUAUCGUCGUGCUAACUUAAAAAUUGCACCUGGUGCAGUAGUAUGCGAGGAAAGUAUUCUAAAAGGUGACAUUACCAUUGGUGCAAAGACCAUAAUCCACCCCAGAGCAUGCAUUUUAGCAGAAGCUGGUCCGAUUAUUAUCGGAGAGGGCAAUAUAAUAGAAGAAAUGGCAACUAUAACUAAUAGAUUGCUACCUGAUACUCCUGAGCCCACAACAGUACCAGUACAGAUAAUAGGGAAUUAUAAUGUCUUUGAAACUGAUUGUAUCUGUGAAGCAUUUAAAGUAGGUGACAACAAUAUCUUGGAGAUCAAAGCACACGUUGCUCGCGAAGUCGAGUUAACUAAUGGUUGCGUCAUUGGAGCUGCUUGCUCUUUGAUGGAACCAGAAAUUAUAGCAGAGAAUACAAUAGUAUAUGGAAGUGAAUGCCAACGUAGGGAAAUGAACGACAAACCAUACCCUCAGAUUGGACAGCUGGACUUUCUGCUGAAGGUACUUCCGAAUUAUCACCACUUUCGAAAAUCGAAUAUGAAGCCAAAAGUCGCACCCACUACUUAAUUCUUUGCAGCACUAAAAUUAGUGGAAGCAUCUAAAUUAUUGCACAUAUUAUGUAUACUAAACAUACUAUAUUUGUAAUUAUUCAACAACAAAAUAUGUAUAUUUAUUUAUAACUAUUAUGUAUUUAUAACUAUUAUGUAGGUUCUUUUUUGAUAAGUAUAAUAUGUUAUUUGAAACAUAGAAUACACAAUAUUUUUUCAUAUUUUGGAGAUCAUCAGGAUAUCACUUGAUGAUUUGAUUGACAUCCAUAUAUUUAUCACCAAGGCUUUUCUUCAGAUAAGAUUUUAAAACUAUUAGCGUAUCUCUCUGUCUAAAAUGCCAUUGGCUUUGGUCUGUUACCACUCACACUACAAUUUGGAGUCUUUGGAGUUGGUGUUGUGAAUCUUUUUUUGUUGAACUGUGAUAAUAGAAUGUAGAUGCCCAGAUA